AUGUUUGCUGCUGCUACAAAGAACUUUGUGAAGCAGGUUGGAGAUACGGGCAGACUGAGACCUGUUCCUGGUCUGAGUGAGGCUGACCGAUAUCAGCCACUCAGUCUAGUCACAAAGAGGAAAAAAAAAUUCUGGAAAAGAAAGAAAUACAGCUCUACACCAUUCACUCUGAAGGACAUUCUUGUUGGAGAAAAGGAGGUUUCUGCAGGCGUCUCUUCAUAUCAGCUGCUUAAUUAUGAAGAUAAGUCAGAUGUUUCCCUAAAUGGGAAACUUGGAAAUCAUAUUAUUCAUGAUGUUGGAUUUAAUAUUGAUGGAUCAGACUCUGUGGCAGUGAAAGCUUCAUUUGGAAUAGUAACAAAACAUGAGGUAGAGGUUCCAAUACUUCUCAGGGAGAUCAUUAACAGAAAAAUUGAUAUGGAACAUUGUCUUGUUCGCCAGAUGAAAGCAAGUCGUCGUGCAGUAUUAUGUGCUGUCAUGGAAAGCAUCCGCACAACUCGGCAAUGCUCACUCACUGUGCAUGCAGGCAUGAGAGGAAAAACAAUGAGAUUUCAGAUUGAUGAUGGACGAAAUCAUAAAGGAUGUGACAAAGCCAUUGUUAUCCCAGCUCAUACAACAAUUGCAUUUAGUGUAUUUGAACUCUAUAUCCAUUUGGAUGGGCAUUUUGAGCUCUGUGUAACAUCUGAAUCAGAAGGUGGGUUCGAAAAAGAACAAAUAACAGAACAAUUGGGUGGUUUAAUGGACCGAUUCUCAGUGUGGAAACUGCGGCGAUUGGGAUUUUCAAAGAACAGGAGUAUACUGGACGAUGUCAGAAACUCGGAUCUAUAUUUGGAGGAUUUGGUUGCUGACUAUUAUGAAAAGGCUACCAGCAUGACUGAUACUUCCACUAACUACCUCAGAGAUAAUGCACACACACGGGUCAAUCUUCUCAACCAUAAUAUCUCCAAAGGACCCUGUGCCCUUUGUGGUAUGGGAAGUUCCCGAAGGGAGACAGUAUAUGGGUGCCUUGAGUGUUCAUUCAAUGGGCAGAAAUAUGUGAGGCUGCAUGUGGUGCCAUGCUUUGAUCUGUGGCACAAAAGGGCAAAAUGA